GAAAGCGGAUGGCCUUUAUCUUUUAAAACAAGUAUCAGGCGUACAGCAUUAUAGCUCAAUGUCUGUAGACACUAAAGCAUGACCAUCACCACAAGUUUAGUUGCCAUCCAUCUGCAUACGGUUAACUCAAGUCACACAUUUCGCCCACCCCCUGGAAGCCGAAGGUCCUACAGUCGCGGAGCUGAUUGGCUGAUCUUGGGCGUCUACGCAGCCCGGGGUUUUCCGGAAUUGGGGUUGAGCUCGGGAGAAUGGACUAUGGCCUCGUUGAGUCAGCCCUUGUUGGAGCUGCAGGGACCUCUGCUCCCACCCAAGGACCUGGUGGAGGACGAAGACGAGUAUUUAAGGGAGGAUGCGGAGGGCGACGAGGACACGGUGUUUCUCGACGCAGAGGAGCUUUGCAGUGGGGGCGUAAAUGCUGGUAGCCUCCCUGGGCGGCUCCGUGUUUCUGUGUUUGAUGAGAACACUCAGCAGAAAUGUGACGUGUUCGGACGUUUUCCGUUAACUGAUGCUUGGUGGCGAGUGAAGGUACAGGUUAAGCCUGUGGCAUCAGGGAGCUAUCAGGCUCAAGGAUUUCCGUCUUACUUUUUACAGUCAGAUAUGUCACCACCAAAUCAAAUCCACAUCUGUUCCCUCUUUCUUAAAGAGUGUAAUGUCUCCAGUGAGCAAAGAGUUAAGUUUUUUACAUGGUUAAAUAAUAAAUCAAGGUAUAAAGACCUCAAUUUUGAAAAUCUUAUGGAAAACUUAAGAACUUGGCGAGAGGAAAUUGAAGGGAAUAGUAAAAAACAGUCUACGCAGAAAACACAAGAGCCACCACCAGAUCAUGAGAUGCCGCUUCCUCUGGAAUUCACAUUUCCAUUUAAAACGGUGAUGAGAGCUUUGCAGUUCCCAAAAAUAAUGGAAUUCCUUCCAGUUCUUCUGCCUCGACACUUCAAACAGCUCAUAACCUCAAAUUCUAUAGAGGUGUUGGAAGAGAUAGAAGAGAUUUUAGGUACACAGCCUUGGAAACUUGGAUUUCGUAAAAUAACCUACAGAGAACUGAAGCUCUUGCGAUGUGAAGCUAGUUGGACGUCAUUUCGGCAAUGCAAGUCUCUUUUCCAGUUGAUGACGGAUUUGGAGAAGAAUGCAUUAGUAAUAUAUUCUCAUCUGAAGCAGAUAUGUAGAGAGCAGGGGCACACGUGUGUUGAAGAAGCUGACUUAACUUUUCAGCUGUCGGACCUCAUGUCUUUUCACGAUGCUUGGCAGUCUCUGAAGUUCUUGAAGGAUAUUGGCGUGGUGACGUAUGAGAAGGGCUGUGUCUUUCUUUCUGACCUUUACCAGGCUGAGCGAGGCAUUGCCUCUUCAAUCUGUGACUUGAUGACCAGGCCCCCAUGGCAGCUGCAGGUCGAUGUCAAAAAGGUGCUUGCAUCUAUUUGUACCCCAAGACCUGAGAAUUCAGGAAGUGGUGAUACACUGAAUAAAAGUAAUCCUGAUGAAACAAGAUCAGAAGAUCUGGUGGAUACUUUGGACACGCAGGACAGCGCUGACCAUAUCUGGGAUGAGGGUGAAAAUGAAGUGAAUGCAGAAAUGAGUGAGGGUCAACUGGAUCAGGACCAGGUAACUGCUCUGGACAUGAUUUGCUCCAAUGCCGUGACGGUCAUAAGUGGGAAAGGUGGUUGUGGGAAGACCACAAUUGUUAGCCAGCUUUUUAAGCAUAUAGAGUUGUUGGAAGAAAGAGAAGUGAAAAAAGCUUGUGAAGAUUUUGAACAAGACUGGAAUGUACCACAAGAAUGGAUCACCUUCACCGAGCAAAGUCAGCAGCAACUGGACAAGGCUAUGGAAGUUUUACUUAUGGCGCCUACAGGGAAAGCAGCUGGCUUACUGAGACAGAAAACUGGUUUUAACGCUUAUACACUGUGUCAGGUCAAUUAUAGUUUCUAUUUAUGGAAGAAAAAAAUAAAGACCAAGGACAGGCCAUGGAAAUUUUCUUCCGUUAGAGUUCUGGUUGUGGAUGAAGGGAGUUUGGUAUCUGUAUCAAUCUUCAAGUCGGUUUUAAAUUUAUUGUGUGAGCACUCCAAACUUUCUAAACUUAUUAUCCUUGGUGAUGUUAGACAGUUACCUAGCAUUGAACCUGGUAACUUGCUGAAAGAUCUUUUUGAAACUCUUAAAUCAAGAAAUUGUGCUAUUGAACUAAAGACAAACCAUAGAGCAGAAUCUGAACUAAUUGUGGACAAUGCUACAAGAAUCUCAAGAUGCCAGUUUCCAACAUUUGAUGCAGAGGUGAAUAUCUCUGAUAAUCUGACAUUCCCUGUCUCAAUACAAGAUAAAUCAUUUAUUUUUGUCAGACUCCCAGAAGAAGAUGCCAGUUCUCAGUCCUCAAAAAGCAAUCAUCAGUUUUAUUUAUAUUCUGCAGUUAGUACUUUACUCAAAGAAAAGGACCUAGAAGACGUGAAGACAUCACAAUUUAUUGCAUUUAGAAGGCAGGACUGUGACGUGAUCAACGCGUGCUGUUGCCAGCACUACACAGGACAUCUAAUCAGAAACCACCAGAAUAGACUUGAAUUUGGAGUUGGUGAUAAAAUUUGUUGUACCAGGAAUGCGUAUCUCUCAGAGUUACUCCCUGAAAAUACUUUGAACAGUCAACAAAGUAAUGAAUUAAACGCCAGUGGCGAAGACUUUAAUGGUGGUACUCCUGGUUUUGCUAAAAAUAAGCAUGACUUUGAAAGUGGUACUCGACUCUGCAAUGGAGAAAUAUUUUUUAUAACAGCGGAUAAAACUGAUGUAACUUUUGGAAAGAGAAGAUUUUUGACCAUUAAUAAUAUGGCUGGCCUGGAAGUAACUGUGGAUUUUGGGAAACUAAUGCAGUAUUGCCACAUAAAACAUGCAUGGGCAAGAACGAUUCAUACUUUUCAGGGGUCGGAGGAGGAGACGGUCGUCUACGUGGUGGGGAAGGCGGGCCGCCAGCACUGGCAACACGUGUACACCGCCGUGACCCGGGGCCGCCGCCGAGUGUACGUCAUCGCAGAAGAGUCUCAGCUUCGGAGUGCCAUCACGAGAAAGAGCGUUCCUAGGAAAACUCGUUUAAAACAUUUUCUGCAAAACAAACUUUCCGGGAGCUCUACAUCCCCAGCAGAGUUUGCAUCCUCGUCAAAGAGCCCUGAGGACAGCAGGAGACCCAGCACGCAGCCAUCAGCAUCUCCGCUGUCCGCAGUCACGGCUGACACGGUGACAGAUGAAAGCCCCGGAAGCCAGGACUCUGUGGCUGAUGACACGCUGCUUGCCUUUGCUGAAGGAUGGGAAUUAUCUUCAUAUGAUGAAGUGGAUGCAGCUGAGAGUCCGUCACAACUGAGAGGGUCCAAAAGAACAUGUUGCUUGAAUGAUGCUGAAAGUCCAAGCAAAAUUCUUAUGGUGGAAGAAUCAUCUCCACAAGUGUCUUCUAAGCUUCGGAAUUUGAGACUAAAUAGUUUAACCCCCAGGCAACUUUUCAAACCGCUAAAUAAUCAAGAAACUUAGUUUUAGUUCAGAUUGCUCAAAAUAAUUUUCUGUUUUUCCCAUUCAAUACAAAAUGAAAUCAUGGCUUCAAAGGAUUAAGACAAAAGAGGACGGUUUGUUAACAAGUUCUAUUUUAAGGUAUUUGUAUUAGCAGCGGUUUUAAAUUUAUUCAUCAAAGAAAAUCUUAAUGAUAUUGACAUCUGUCAUCAGGAGAACUUGUAGCACUGGUCAUAUUUGAGGGGAAAAUAUGUUAUAUAUGUAUUUUUAAAAACUCUGAACUUUCCUAUUCAUUUGCUCAAUUGUGUCUGACUCUUUGCGGCCCCAUGGACUAUAUAUCUUGCUAGGCUCUUCUGCCCAUGGAAUUUUAAAAGUGUUUUGAAAUUGUUUUAUUUUUAGAAUAAUGCCUUAUUAACUUCCAUCAUCAUUGUGGGUGAUCUUUGCUAAUGGGUUGAAGCAAUGGUAAAUAUAAAUUAAUUCCAUCUCUUAAAUUAUUAACACAUAUUCUAGGGUAUUUUGUGUACUGUAAACUGGUUAUACCUCUCAAGGUUGCCACUUGCUCCAUCACUGCUGCCUGGGUCUCCUAGGUACAUUUUCCUGGAAAUUCCUUCUGAGCAGGAAUUUCAUUGUUUUUGUUUAAUUUAAGAUAUAAUGUGCAUCAUGUUGGUUUAAUACUUCUAUAUUGCAAUAUUACCACUGUAGCAUUAACAUGUCUAUCAUGUCACACAAUUAUCAUUUCUUAUUGUUUUAAAAAUUUUCCACUUUGAAAAUAUUUUUUCUCUCAGAGUGAUUCAAUUUUUUUUUUUGAGAGUUUUCUAUAUUUCCCUUCUCCAAUGGAAUUAUACAAUAUAUGGUCCCUUGUUACUGACUUCUUUGACUUAGAAUAAUGUUUUCAGACUUCAUCCACAUUGUAACUAUGUCCUUUGUGUAUGAAGGAAAAACUGGUGGUGUGUCUUGAUGUCGUAUUUCCAGGUGAGACCAUGCUGGUCUGAGCUGAUAUUGUGAGAUCAGGAACCUUGGCUGAAUUUUUGCAAGUGGCUCUAGUAGCGCUGCUAAUAAGCCUUCUUGCUUUUAGUAGUGCAGUGAGGCAAAUCCCUUCAUUUCUUUUUAUUACCAAAUAUUCCAUUGCUUGGAUAUGGUACAUUGAAUUUAUCCAUUCAUUAGUGGAUGGAUAUUUGGGUUGUUUCCUCUAUUUGGCUAUCAUAAAUAAUGCUGUGUACAAGUUUUUGUACAGUAUAUAUGUUCAUUUCUUUUAAGUAUAUACCUUGGUGUGGAAUCGCUGGGUCACAUGGUAACUCUGUUUAGCUUUUUGAGGAACUGCUAGACUUUUUCGAAGUAGCUGUACCAUUGUCUGUUGACACCAGCAGGGUGUGAGGGUUCCAGUUUCUUCAUUCUCUCCAACAUUCAUUAUUACCUGACUUUUUAAUACUACUUUUUUAUCUACUAGGAGCCAUCCUAGUAGAUAUGGAGUGACAUAUCAUUAUGGUUUUGAUUUGCAUUUUUCUUAUGACUAAUGAUGUGGAUCAUCUUUUCAUGUGCUUACUGGCCAUGUGUAUGUCUUUUUCAGGGAUGUCUGUUCAGAUCCUUUGUCCACUUACAGUUUUGGGUUAUUUUUCUUUUUAUUAUCUAGUAUGAGUUCUUUAUAUAUUCUGUAUACCAGUAUCUUAUUAGAAACAUUAUUUGCAAAAUUUCCCCCAUUUUGUAGAUCUUAUUUUCACUUUAUGGUAUCCUUUGAAACACAGUUUUUAACUGUGAUAAUGUCUAAUGUAUGUAUUUUUGUUGUUGUUAUUAUUUGUGUUUUUGGUGCUAUACCUGAGAAACCAUUGCUUAUCCUUUAUGAAGACUUCUGUUUUUUCAUCUAAGAGUUAAAUAGUUCUAGGUCUUAACAUUUAACUCUGAUUCAUUUUGAGUUAAUUUUUUUUGUAUGGUGGAGUAAGAGCCCACCAUUAAAAAAAAAUGUGUCUCCUGUAAAAGUCUUUUUUUAAUCUCUUUUGUCUGAUACAAGUAUUGCUACUCUUGACUGUUUCUUCGUUUUUCCAUUUGGAUGGCAUGUCUUUUCCCACCCUCUCACUUCCAGUCUGUAUGUGACUUUUGAUCUAAAGUGAGUCUCUUGUAGGCAGCAUAUGUACAGGUCUUGUUUUUGUAACCAUUCGGGCAGUCUGUGUCUUCUGAUGGAGCAUUUAGUCCCCUUACACUUAAGAAAAGUGUUGAUGUGUAUGUUUUGUUACUCUUCUGUUGGUUGUUUCAGAUUUGUUUUAGUAGGUCUCUAUUUUCUCCUUGUUUUCUUAUGACUUGAUGAUUAUUUUUAGUGUUAUUUUGGACUGCCUUUUCUUUUUGUGUGUGUAUAUCUAGUAUCGAUUUUUGGUUUGCUGUUACCAUAAGAUUUUCAUAUAGCAGUCUGUAUAUAAUUGUGAUUGUUUUAGGUGUUGCAUUUGUACUCUCCUCUCCUCAUGAUUACUGUUUUUGAUACCAUAUUUUACAUCUGAUUGUUUUUUGUGUCCUUCAACUGCUUGUUAUAGAUACGGGUGGUAUUACUGUUUUUAUCUUUUAAUAUCUCUACUAGUUUUGUGUGUGGAUAAUUACCUACCAUUACUGUAUAUUUGCCUUUACUGAUAAAUUGUUUCCUUCCAUAAUUUUCUUGUUUCUGGUUGUGGCCUUUUCUGCCUAGAGAAGUUCCAUUGACAUUCGUAGUGAAGCUAGUUUUGUUGGGGCUGAAUUUUUUUAGCUUUUGCUUGUCUGUGAAGUUUUUCAUUUGUCCAUCAAAUCUCAAUGAAAACCUUGCUGGGUAGGGUAUUCUUGGUUGUAGCUUCUUCCCUUUUAUCACUUUACAUAGAUUGUACCACUCCCUUCCAGUCUGCAGUUUCUGCUGAAAAAAUCAGCUUACAGGCUUAUGGGAAUUCCCCUGUAUAUUAUUUGUUGCUUUUCCCUUCCUGCUUUUAGUAUUCACUCUAUAAUUUUUGGCAUUUUUGAUUACAAUGUGUCUUGGCGGAUUUGGUUCUCUUUGGGUUAAUCCUGAAUGAAGCUUUGUGUUUCCUGGAUACGGGUUGACUAUUUCCUUCCCCAGGUUAGGAAGGUUUUCAGCUUUUAUCUCUUCAAAUAUUUUCUUAGGUCCUUUCUCUCUUCUUCUUCUGGCACCCCUAUAAUGCAAAUAUUAAUGUGUUUAAUGUUGUCCCAGAGGUGUCUUAAACUGUCCUUGUUUUUUUUUUCUUUUUUCUGGACAGCGGCAGUGACCACUACUGUCUUCCAGCUCACUGAUACACUCUUCUGUGUCAUUUAGCCUAUCAUUGAUUCUUUGUAGUGUGUGUGAUCCUGGUGUUUGUGAGAUUUUGCAUGUGCCCUUUGAGAGUGACGUCUCUAUUUCCCAGUCCUGUGAAGCUUCUGCAGUUCCAGCCUUGUUGUUUAGCCGCUAAGUCGUGUCUGACUUUUGCGACUCCAUGGACUGUAGCCUGCCAGGCUCUUCUGUUCAUGGGAUUUCCAAGGCAAGAAUACUGGAGUGGGUUGCCAUUUCCUUCCCCAGGG